CCUUCGUGUCUUCUCUUUCUCUCUCUUUUCCUUGCGCUCGAUUUCCCGCACCGGAACGAAAAAAAAAUCCGACCUUUAUCUCCCCGCCGCCGCUCCUUGCGGCAGAUCUCGUAUUUACGAUCUCAACUGCGGCGCCGGAGAUCCCUUCCGCUGCUUCGGGGGGUUUCUUCGCUCCCUUCAGGGUUCUCGGUCGAUCCCUGAGCUGCGGCCGGACUCCAUGUGUGAGGAGUUCGGCUUCUGCGACGAGGAGUGAAUUGGGAGGGUAAGAAUUGGUGGACUUGAUUAAUUGAUCCACGAAUCGGUGAUCGAUGGGCGCAGAUGGAGCAAAGUGCUCCACCUUCAGCGUCGUCUGAUUUCCCUCCGAGGAAACUCGUCCGCCAGCUGGAUUUCACAGCCGCGGAGGGCAGCGGAGACCCCCCUUCGGCGACUGAUCUGCCGUCCUCGAACCGUUGCAGCAACAGAGGCAGCUGCCUCCCACCGCGCCGGCUUCUCUCCCCAUGUCGCUCCCGUUAAUUUCUUCUAUUUCCGUGGACGCCAAGCCAGAAUCACCUAAGCCAUGGUCACAAGAUUCACGACCAGCAAAUGAUACAAAAGUUGGUACACCAACAAGAAAGAAGAACUGCAACUGCAAAAACUCAAAAUGCUUGAAGCUGUAUUGCGAGUGUUUUGCAGCUGGAGUUUAUUGUGAUGGAUGCAACUGUACAAACUGUUGUAACAAUGUUGACAAUGAAACUGUUAGGCAUGUGGCUGUUGAAGCUACUCUAGAACGCAAUCCUAAUGCUUUUAGGCCUAAGAUUGGCAGUGGUACACAGACACUUCGAGAUAGUAGGGAUGAAACAGGAGAACCUCUGUUUGGAAGGCAUAAUAAAGGAUGCCACUGUAAGAAGUCUGAGUGCCUCAAGAAAUAUUGUGAGUGCUUUCAAGCCAAUAUUCUCUGCUCUGAAAAUUGCAAAUGCUUGGACUGUAAGAACUUUGAGGGAAGCAUAGAGAGGAAACCUCUCUUCCGUGGCGAUCAUGGAAGCACUCUUUACAUGCAGCAUGCAGCCCUAAACGGGGCUGCCGGUGCUCACAUAUUUCUGUCUCCAACAAUAUCUAGGAAGAGGAAAAUUCAGGAUGUGUUCUCAUGCACAUCUGUAAAUGGUCAAUCCACCAAAAGUUUUACACAGUCUAAGACUCCUGUACAAGUGUCGUCUUCUACUCCCAUUCCUGCAGCUAGUUCUACUAAUACUGCUCCAGUGGCAUCUACUAAGGUCAUUUAUAGAUCUCUUCUAGCAGACACCGUACGAACAGAACAUGUUAGGGAUCUCUGCAAACUUUUGGUGAUGGUAUCUGGAGAGGUUGCCAAAACUGUUGCUGAUAGACAAAUUGAGGAGUCAUCUGUGCUGGAAGGCCAUGUUGAAUGUUCUCCACACUCAGAUUAUGAGAGAGAUCAGAGUCAGAAAGAUUUAGAUAUGCCCAGAACCUCGGCUGAUGAGUGUUCAAGUGGAAUUUCUCUUGACAAACCUGACAAAGAAGAGUCUAGGUCUGAAUGCAGGGAAAGAGAGAAAGGAGGAAAGCCAAUGUCUCCUGGAACUUUGGUGCUAAUGUGCAAUGAGAAAGACAUGAUUUUUAUGGCCUCUCAAGCUGCUGCUGCAGAUCCAAGUUCCUCAAACAACCGAAGUAUGUCAGAAGCCUAUGUAGAGCAAGAGAAAGGUGUACUAACCAAGUUCAGAGACUAUCUCCUUAAGCUAGUUACCUGUGGUCAGAUGAAAGAAGAGAAGUACAGAUCCAUGUCCUCCAUGCAUGAAAGAGCUUGUCAUAUGGAAUCAGCUCUCUACAGCAUUGCUAGAACUUCAGUUCCAGCUACGACUGUGGAGAUACCUCUGACAAGGACGUCAAGCCCUGCAUAUUCAACAAACAUAUGUCCACCAGUUGGAUGUCAAACCCUAGGAAAUGGAGACAUGAAGAUUAAGCUUGAGAAAGCAGAGAUGUAAAACAAACAGGAAAAGAGCAGAAAGAACUUCUAAAAGGUCAUUACUGGAUCAUUGAUGUUACAUUGGUGCAACAUGCUACUUGGCAGAAAAAUGUCCACCAGUUGGACCGACUGCAAACCCUACGAAAUUAAGACAUGAAGCUUAAAUUUGAGAAAGCAGAGAUUCAACAACCAGGUAGGACAAAUAAAACACAGCACUUCUCAAAUGUCAUUUCUGAAUCAUAGUCGUGCAGCAAAAUGCUAGUACAAGCUUAAACUCAGUUGGAGGAGGAUAUUUUCAACAUUUUUUGUCCAAUAGUUUAUACAUCCUUUAGUUGAGCAUCAGAUGUGCCAUUCCUGCUCCAUUGUAUUUUGUAAGUUCAUACAAGUGAUUAAUGUAUACUUUAUUGUAUCUGGUCCUCAUCACAUUCUCCUCUAAUAUGUGAUCGUAUUAGAACUACACAGGUUGUAGGCUAGUAAUCGAGUUUGUGGGCUUGUUGU